AUGCCCUUCUCUUCUUAUGUUAUUUGUUGUAUUCAAUGUUUAACACAACACAGAAGGUACACCCUACAUGGAGAGGACAGGUACAUCCUAGAUGGAGAGAACAGGUACACCCUAGAUGGAGAGGACAGGUACACUAUAGAUGGAGAGUACAGGUACACCCAAGAUGGUGAGGACAGGUACACCCUAGAUGGAGAGGAUAGGUACACCCUAGAUAGUGAGGACAGGUACACCCUAGAAGGAGAGGACACGUACACCCUAGAUGGAGAGGACAGGUACACCCUAGAUGGAGAGGACAGGUACACCCUAGUUGGAGAGGACAGGUACACCCUAGAUGGAGAGGACAGGUACACCCUAGAUGGAGAGGACAGGUACACCCUACAUGGAGAGGACAGGAACACCCUAGAUGGAGAGGACAGGUACACCCUAGAUAGAGAGGACAGGUACACCCUAGUUGGAGAGGACAGGUACACCCUAGAUGGAGAGGACAGGUACACCCUAGAUGGAGAGGAUAGGUACACCCUAGAUGGUGAGGACAGGUACACCCUAGAUGGAGAGGUCAAGUACACUCUAGAUAUAGAGGACAAGUACACCCUAAAUGGAGAAAACAGGUACUCCCUAGAUGGUGAGGCCAGGUACACCCUAGAUGGAGAGGACAGGUACACCCUAGAUGGAGAGGAGAGGUGCACCAUAGAUGGAGAGAAUAGUUACACCUUAGAUGGAGAGGACAGGUACACCCUAGAUAGAGAGGACAGGUACACCCUAGAUAGAGAGGACAGGUACACCCUAGAUAGAGAGGACAGGUACACCCUAGAUGGAGACGACAGGUACACCCUAGAUAGAGAGGACAGGUACACCCUAGAUAGAGAGGACAGGUACACCCUAGAAGGAGAGGACAGGUACACCCUAGAAGGAGAGGACAGAUACACCAUAGAUGGAGAGCGUAGUUACACCGUAGAUGGAGAGGACAGGUACACCCUAGAUAGAGAGGACAGGUACACCCUAGAAGGAGAGGACAGGUACACCCUAGAAGGAGAGGACAGAUACACCAUAGAUGGAGAGCGUAGUUACACCGUAGAUGGAGAGGACAGGUGCACCCUAGAAGGAGAGGACAGAUACACCGUAGAUGGAGAGCGUAGUUACACCGUAGAUGGAGAGGACAGGUGCACCCUAGAAGGAGAGGACAGGUACGCCUUAGAUGGGGAGGACAGGUACACCCUAGAUGACGAGGAGAGGUUCACCCAAGAUAGAGAGGACAGGUACACCCUAGAAGGAGAGGACAGAUACACCAUAGAUGGAGAGGACAGAUACGCCGUAGAUGGGGAGGACAGGUACACCUUAGGUGCCAUAUUACACGAUUUUUAA